GAGCACCCCGGAGCAUCCAAGCCUCCGCUAAGCUCCUCCAGUAUGACCUCACGGAUUUUGCUACGGCAGCAGCUCAUGCGUGAGCAGAUGCAAGAGCAGGAGCGCCGAGAGCAGCAACAGAAGCAGCAGGCAGCCCAGUUCAUGCAGCAGAGAGUGGCCGUCAGUCAGACCCCGGCCAUCAACGUCAGCCUCCCCACUAGCCUUCCACCUGCAACUCAGGUCCCAAUGGAAGUCCUUAAGGUGCAGACUCACCUGGAAAACCCUACCAAGUACCACAUCCAACAAGCCCAACGCCAACAAGUCAAGCAGUACCUCUCCACCACGUUGGCCAACAAGCACGCCAACCAGGCUCUGAGUUUACCGUGCCCAAACCAGCCAGGCGAUCACGUUAUGCCACCAGGCACAGGAAGCAGCGCACCAAAUAGCCCAAUGGCCAUGCUUACUCUUAACUCCAACUGUGAAAAAGAGGGUUUUUAUAAAUAUGAAGAGCAAAGCAACAGGGCAGAGACGGAAUGCCAAGCACUGAAUACACAUUCUCGAGCAUCCUGCAUGCAGAUGGAUGAUGUAAUUGAUGACAUAAUCAGUUUGGAAUCCAGUUACAAUGAAGAAAUCUUUGGUUUAAUGGAUCCUGCUCUACAAAUGGCAAAUACGCUUCCUGUCUCCGGUAAUCUGGUAGACAUUUAUGGCAACCAAGGCAUGCCUCCUCCAGGACUCAACGUUAGCAAUUCUUGUCCUGCUAACCUUCCUAAUAUAAAAAGGGAACUUACAGCAUGUGUAUUUCCCACAGAGUCUGAGGCAAGAGCACUGGCCAAAGAGAGACAAAAGAAAGAUAACCACAAUUUGAUUGAACGAAGAAGGCGAUUCAAUAUUAAUGAUCGUAUAAAAGAACUGGGCACUUUGAUACCCAAAUCGAAUGAUCCGGACAUGCGCUGGAAUAAGGGAACUAUUUUAAAGGCCUCUGUGGACUAUAUCCGUAAGCUCCAAAGAGAACAGCAGCGUACAAAAGAACUAGAAAACAGACAAAAGAAACUGGAGCAUGCCAACAGACACCUUUUGCUCAGAAUACAGGAACUUGAGAUGCAGGCUCGAGCGCAUGGACUUUCCAUUGUCCCGUCUACAGGCCUUUGCUCACCGGAGAUGGUCAACAGGAUUAUCAAACAAGAGCGUGCCCUUGACAACUGCACCCAAGAGAUUUUGCAGCAUCAUCCAGACCUGUCUUGCACAACCACUCUUGACCUUAAUGAUGGCACCAUCAGUUUCAACGAUAGCCUGGCCAAUGCGACUGAGGCUGCCGCUGGCACUUACACCGUCCCUACAAAAGUAGGAUCCAAACUGGAAGACAUCCUGAUGGACGAUACCCUCUCUCCCGUCGGAGCUACUGACCCGCUUCUCUCAUCGUUAUCUCCUGGGGCUUCAAAAGGAAGUAGCCGAAGGAGCAGCGUGAGCAUGGACGACACUGACCAUGCUUGUUAGUGGAGAUAAUUAGUAAAGGCUUUGGCAAAUUCCAUUGCUUUAUCAGUAGAUUAAGUCAUUUGAUCUGUUCUCUUAAAUAACUUUCUUUCAAUAUAAAUUUCAGAUAGCCCAGUGUAUGUGACUUUUGUAAUGUUUGAGAGAGACUUGUAUAUUAUUCUAUUUUAAAGUACCAAUGCUUCCAAAAUAGUGUACUGCAUCUAUGAACCAGACUCACCAAGAACUCCAAACGAGUCAUGUCUACUUGAAAGCAAUAGUGAGACACAAAUCCACAAGUCCGUGAUCCACUAAAGGUGACACUCCAGUACAUCUGUAAUGAAACCCAUUGACUCAGAAAUGAAAUGUAGAAGAAUGUAAAGAAACCAAAAAGAAAAAAGAAAGAGUUAGCUUUGUAAACUAUUUUUGUGUUUAUUUAAUAGUGCCUCCGUUUAAAUAUUCAGAACCUGCUAACCCAAUUAAAUCUGUCCCAAAGCAUUAAA